CCCCCACUCGUCGUUGCCGCAUACGAUGAGCUCCUUCAAACUUGAACUGUAUCAUGCCGCGAAAGAGGGAUCUACCGUCGCUCUUGCCGCUCUCUCGUCACUAGCAGCACUAGAUCCAAGCGCAUUCCAUGAUGUCGUUGCCGCCGUUCGCCACCAACUCCGCUGCGCAGGACCACAAUAUACCUCCGUCGCGUCUUCGAAACGGUUUGAUAUCGCUACCGGUUGUUUCAAGUCGCUCUGGACUGCUUUAGGCUCCGAGAACUCGAAGGUUCUCCGUGACCCAUCCAAUGUCACCCUUCUCGCAGAGACAUGGCCGGAGCUGUGUAGCUGGAUUGUUGAAUACCUCAAGUUCUUCGUUGUUGAGGCUUCCAUGACGCCAGAACUUCAGGACUUUCUCGCAACAUCGAAGACGCUCGACCUACUCCAUCUGCUCUUGGAGAAUGAUAGUCUUCUACACCUAAUGAUACAGUCCCUCGACCUUAUCUCUUGCUUGACAGAGAUCUCGAUGUGUCUCUUAUUCACUGAAACUCCGUUGCCGUCUCAGUAUCUGCCAACAAUGCAAAUCAUACUCAAGCUGGGUCGCCGUGAUGAAAUAACAAGCAGAGAUGCGAGAGCCGCUGUAGGGAAAACUUUGGACGCUAUGCAUUCUGCACGCAUCACAAUGGUUUUAUUUCGAAUCAUCCGUCUGACGGAGCAUCCAGCCAUGUCAAGCUCCGAGAUAAAUACCGUCCUUAGUUUCCUCUCAUGCUGUUCAGCGUCUUCCUCCAAAUUCCACGCCAAUCACCUCAUUCACGGCUCGGUUUCGUGGAUCUGCGGCAUGCUUUCCCGUAUGUUAAAAUGCUCUUACGCUCAUCGACAACACGCACGAUCCUGCGCACUUUACCUUCGGCAUUGCAUUGAGAAAGGUCCCAGAUGGGCGGCUCAAGCUGUGGAACGUCACCUCGUCGAGUUGCUUCUAAAAGCCCUUCCCCAUGCUAGUGACGACUUUACCAACGUUAUCUCCGGCCUUUUCGACUCGAUACACGUUCACUUACUUUUUCGUGGUGUUCUUCGACAUGUUUGCCGGUCUAUAGAAAGGAUCGAAAGACUGGGUUUGGAUAGCCAACUUGCCAAUGCUUCAGUUAGUGCACGCGAGACUUGGGAAGCAUUCAAGGAGGUUGCAGAGGAUCGGUGGGUUUGGAGGGACGUCGUUGCUAGCAAAGGCGAGUUCCAUGAAUGCUCCAAUCACAUGUGCAUGAGUACUGAAUCGCCUCCGCCUGUCCGGCGAUGUCAAGGGUGUCUUAACGUCUUUUAUUGCUCCAGAGACUGCCAAAAGAAGGACUGGCAUGCUCACAAGACAGAUUGUCAAAAUGUUCAGCAAGAACGACGUGAGGGAUUUUCUCCUCAGCUUUCUCAGCGAGAUCUGCAUUUUAUCAGAUUCGUGGCCAUACAAGACAUCAAAACCGCUGACGAUGUCCGCGAUGCUCUGGCAAAGCGUGUUGCUAGCGUCAAUAAUGGAUUUUUCCCAGUCGUCGUUGUCGAUUAUACUACUGCACCAAGAAGUAUAACGGUAGCACUCAUGGGGCGAGACCACCUGCAUGCCGAGUGGCCCGAGGCGAUGGAGCAACUAGGAACUCAAGAGCAGCUUGUCAGAAUCAUUAUAUCCAGUGAUGGUGGGGAGGAGUUCGAAAUUUUUACUGCCACGACGCUUGAGUAGGAAGUCGUUGCUUUGAGGCAUGCUUUUUGCUAUCACUUGCUUUUUUCCAUCUCCACCAAGAGAAUAUCCUUACAAACACUAUAUUCCGUAUGCUAUGACUCAAUUGCAUUUUUCUGACAUGUA